UCCACCCCGUCCUGGCAGACAGUGACGUCACCUCACAGCUAGACGGACCGCUGAAAGCUUCGGACAGAGAAACGUUGUUGACAUUUUGUUUUGAUCGCUUUUGUGGGUUUUUUGGACACAACAUCGACAUCAUCCGCUGAUUUUGAAGCCCGCCUGUCGAGUCUAUCAUCACGCCUCAGUGCGGGGAUCCAGCAAAGAUGAAAUGGAUGUUUAAAGAGGACCAUUCCCUCGAGCACCGAUGUGUGGAGUCAGCCAAAAUACGCAACAAAUAUCCUGACAGAGUACCGGUGAUAGUGGAGAAGGUUUCCGGCUCUCAGAUCGUGGACAUCGAUAAGAGAAAGUACCUGGUGCCCUCUGACAUCACAGUGGCCCAGUUCAUGUGGAUCAUCAGGAAACGCAUCCAGCUGCCUUCAGAGAAAGCCAUAUUCCUCUUUGUCGACAAAACCGUCCCCCAGUCCAGUUUGACUAUGGGCCAGCUCUACGACAAGGAGAAGGACGAGGACGGCUUCCUGUACGUCGCCUACAGCGGAGAAAACACUUUUGGUUACAAGGCCUUUUAUACAACAAGGGGUUAAUGCGUCACUGAAUACUGCACACACACACACACACACACACACACACACACACACACACACACACACACACACACACACACAUACACACACACACACACACACACACACUGACACAGUAGGACCCAUAAAAUCCUGGUGCACAAUGUUUCAGAUAUUGGCCUUUGAAGUGUGUUACAAGUAAUACACCCACACACUUGUCACAGUCAUUUCUGCUCGAUUUUUGAUACCAAACCGUCACAUUCAAGGUGAAAACUAACAACACGUUAACGCUACGAUAAACAGGCUCGUUUGAACCCUCACAUGAUCAUUAGUCUCAAGAUCUGUCCUCUUUAACGUUGGAUUCAGUCUUGGUUGCUGUUUAAAGGUCGGUUGUGGAGAGAAUCAUCUUUAACACUGCCGUUAAAUAGGAAUAACAAUCACACACACUUCAGUCACGUCAGAUAUCAUUUUCAAGUGUUCAGUAUUAUCCCCAGAGAGACGAAGCCAACCAUCACGCCAUCAUGACACGUUUCCUUUUAGUCCAGCUUGUUGUCACAGAUAUCCGUGUUCAGCUGAAGUGAGGAGGAAAAGCUAUAAUCAUGUAAAUAGAAUCAUUAACCACGUUAUGGAUGUAUAUGUAUGUGUCAUCUUAUCAUGUAUAACAACUUUACUAUGUAACUUUAUUCCACAGGUUCACUUUACGUGCUACAAUAGGCAGUGAAGUCGCUCUGAGCAUAUCAAAGAAGGAAGCUCAUGCUUUGCAAUAUAUUCACACUGUGGCCUCUUACCUCUGAGGUCACGCUCAGGGUGGAGCUCAGGGUGGAGCUCAGGGUGGAGCUCAGGGUGGAGUCAUCAAAAGUGAAAUGUAGUUCCUGAGGUCAGACAAGGAGAGGAAUAAACAGUCCUUUUACCAGGGUGAACAUCCUGCUCACAGGAAUCUGACAAAUCCUUAAUCUUUUAUCUGCAUCUGAGAAACAACCAAAUGUUCAAAUCUAGAGGGACAACAAACCAUUGAUCAAGUUCAGUCAUUAUAUUUGAUGAUCCUUUGGCUGCAUUUAGCAAGCAGCUAGUAUGAGCCCACUAUAGGUGCAUUUCGACCAAGAGUUCCGGGGUCUUUUAGCCCCCAGAACUACCUUGCCAGGAACUAAAAGGUUCCUGCGCCCCCAUUGUUGUCUGGGUUUCGACCGUGGGCUGAAGUCCUCAGUAGAUUGUUCAAAUCAGGCCGGUGACGUAUGGAGAAACAUGAUUACAGUAACUGAAGUACGAAUUUGGAUGAGUGCUAGUGUGAGCUGUUGUCUCACUGUCAAGAUAUUUCACUCUCUAAUUUCAAGUUGCUGACCAAUCAAAAAUCAAUGACCUGAUAAAGACCGGUCUGACUCCCCACAGCUCAAAGCUGGAGCCUCCCAACCUGAGCGUGACCCCACAGGAAGAUGGAAGCUGUCUGUUCAUGGUAAACUGUGACCAUGAGUGAUGGUUGCAGUGCUGUAGGCUGGUGAGGAGGCAGGUAGAGGGAAGGGUCAGGGACCAGCACCAGUCCUGAGUGCAAUACUGAGAGCUUCCCAGCCUGGCUGUUUGCACAUUAUAUUUAGGAUUCAGACUCAAACAACAAGCCAUGCAGCUCAGAGCAGGACCAAACACACAACUCUUUAUUUGUGGUUGAAUGUGUUGCUUUUAAUUUAUUCCCCUCAAAGUUUUAUUGACACCUCUGUUAGAAAUGAUUCUCAAUAUCAGCCCUCACAGUUGGAUUUACAAGGGUUUGUACAGCCUGUGACACCCUCCCCUCUUAAAUCAGUAGACAAAUCAGGAAGCACACAAAACUCACAUUAUAACACGUGUGUGAAGAAUAAUACUUCAGGGAGGAAUUUCAGGCGUCACCAAACAGGACAAGUUAAAUUUCUUCUGUGAUUUAAAGAAACAAUAAAAUGAUAAAUAGAAAUGUAACAAAAAGAUUGUGAGGCCCUGCAGCCUUGUUCAGUGUCCAAACCUGCUUGGCGACAGAACGGCUGACAGACACAGAAAGAGACUGGAUGGUGAACGUAGUCGACAGCUUGUGUUGAACAAAGAGGAGUUAGAGAAAUGCUGAUUUUCAUUGUUUAAAUGCUUUGGUCUGCAAUUUCUCCAUUUAUCUCCUCCUGUUAUGAGAGGAAAGCCUUAGUGUAAGACUGACUCUGGCUCUCAGAAUGAAUGAACCUCAGAGUUGUAUAUAUACACAGCCAUACAAAGCUAUUGUUUAUUAUUAUUAAAGGUUUAGGAAACUUUAAUCGUCAUAAACUAAAUGCCUAACAAAAAGUAAGCCAUAAGUUUAUUCUCCCUCUGGAGAGUCUAUAAAUGUUUACAGCAGCAAAGUUAAAGGCAGCAGGUCAUACAGUUACUCAGUAUGUAGCAUCGGUUUAAACUCCCCUCAUGGGACUUCUCUUCAGAAAGAAUAUUGCUGAUACUCUGAUCAUCCAUCACUGUGUAAUUAACAGGUGCAUGUUAAAAUAUAUUUCCUUAUGUGACCUGAAUUAGUGUCCUUAGACUUACACUAGAGAUAGUGAUGCACAGCUUAGACCCUGUCCCUGUAUCUUGUUCAAAACAACCACCAAAGAUUAAAACGAUAGACGUGGAAAUGUUGAUGAAUAAAACCACUGAGAGCACUAUCACACUGUUCGGUGAUUAGACACAUUUAAUGUUUUUAAUGACCUCAGUCUUUAAAAGGAACAUGGUGCAGCGCUGCAAUGUGUGACACUUCAAACAAAGAGUUGUGUGGUCUCUGGCUCUGCAGGUCUCAGAGUCGUUAUGCUGUCAGUACCUCUGGUGCUCUUUCACUCUGGUGAUCCUGAAGCUGGUGUCCGGUCUGCAGCUGUCCCUCUUGGUGCUGAGUCAGAGGAAGGCCUCGUGUGUCUUUAUUGAUCAGUGAAAGUGUUCAUGUUUGUGCACUGCAGAUCUGAUUCAUGCUUUAAACAUGCUCUGUAGAUGUGUAAUAUACUGAUGGAAUGCUCUCAUACUCAGUAUUGUUUAACGUCAUCAGUGUUGUAUGAUUGUUAAAUAUAUCUUAAAGGAGUUUUAGAUAAUUGAGAAAGGUAAGGUAGCUGGAAGACCUGACCAAUAAAAUGACUUUAAAA